UUCAAUCCCUCACAGCCGAAGCUACUCUAUCCAACACUAAUUGCAUACCUAGUUUUCUCCAAUACAUAUAUAUAACUUGGUCCAAUGAAGCUCUUUGUAAUCCUUCUCGUGUGUGCGUUCGCGAUCUCGAGCAGCUUUGCAUCUGAUCCUAGUCCACUUCAGGACAUUUGUGUGGCUAUAAAAGAGCCCAAAGAUGCUGUGUUUGUGAAUGGAAAAUUCUGCAAGAAUCCGAAUCUUACUGUCGCCGAUGAUUUCUUCUUCCAAGGGCUCAACAUUCCCCAAAGUACUGAUAAUAAGGUCAGGUCCCUUAUCACUGGUGUUGAUGUUAACAAGAUGCCGGGUCUCAACACUCUAGGGGUUUCUGUGGCCCGCAUUGACUUUGCCCCUAAUGGUGUGAACCCACCCCACUUCCACCCUCGUUCCUCUGAGAUCCUCAUGUGCAUGGAGGGUGAGCUCUAUGUUGGGUUCGUCUUAUCAAACGCAUUCGAAAACAGGUUCAUCACCAAAGUUCUGAAGCCUGGGGACUUGUUUGCCUUCCCAUUAGGGAUGAUUCACUUCCAGCUAAACAUAGGGAAGACCCCGGCAGUUGCAUUCGCAAGCUUUGGCAGCCAAAACCCAGGUCUUAUAACAGUUGGUAAUGCGGUGUUUGGAGCUAACCCACCAAUUGGCCCUGAGGUCUUGAUCAAGGCAUUCCAGUUGGAUAAGAAAACUAUAGAUUAUCUCCAAUCCCAGUUAUGGUUCAACAACCGCAUUUAAAACCAAAUGACAGAGUGAAAGAGUAUAUAAUUUAUAUAAUUCAUCAAAUAAAACAAAGCAUGGGAAAGUUUCCUCUGUUCGUAUCGUCAAAAUAUUUUCGAUAUAUGUUCUCGUAAGGUGGAAAUCUUCAAUGUUUCUUGUAAUUUAAUGUUUAUGUAUUAUGGUGAAAGUGUGGUAUAUCUUUCUAAAUAAAAACGGUGUGUUAUACUUUCAUUGAUCA